AUGAAAAUUGAGAAACUGCGACCUUUUGGAUGUGAAUGUUAUAUGCUGACUCAAGCACAGAAGAGAGGCAAGAUAAAUAGAAAAUCAGAAAAGGGAAUUCUGGUUGGCUAUGACAUCGAUUCGAACUGCUACAGGAUUUAUAUGAAAGAGAAGAGAGAAGUAGUCACUUCAGACAAUGUAAUCUUCGACGAGGAUAAGAUACGACAGAGGCAAGGUACUGAACUUGAGACAUCUACAACAGAGGGCACACCUGACAAGCAAGAAGAAAGCAGCAGUGAGUCAGACGAAGAAGAGGAAAACUGGACCACUGCAGAAAGUGCUGAGGAGAUUAACAACAACGAAAAUGGGACACAACCGCCAGAAGAAGAGCCAGGAAGAAGAAUUUUGCGAGAUCGUCGAACUUUGCAACCGCCACCGAGACUGAAAGACUGCGUACUUGACUCCAGACGUGGAGGAAAGAGCGCAAAAGUAGCCAUGAUUGGUGAAACGGAAGACAUCCCGGUGAGUGAAGCACUCAAAGAUGAGAAGUGGAAACAAGCAAUGCAGGAGGAGUACGACUCGUUAAUGGAAAUGAAAACUUGGGAACUGGUGAACUGUCCAGAAGGAGUGACACCGAUCACUUGUCGUUGGGUACUUCGCCAGACGGAAGAUACAAGGCCAGACUCGAAGCAAGAGGAUUUGAACAGAAGAAAGGAGUGGACUACGCGGAAACAUUCAGCCCAGUAG